AUGUCCCACGAGGUCAUCAGCGAGAAGCAAGAUGCCUCGACUUCUGAAAUGCUCCGUCGCAUCCAGACAGCCGAGAGCGUCUUGCUUCCCAUUCCACGCGAUGCCUUCGAGAAGCUCUACCUGAACCCAAAAGUCCCAACAAGGGGUGAUUUGCGCCGCACAUUCGGCAACCCGACUCCCAUCUCCUUGAUGGGUUUCGUGCUAGCUGCCACGCCAGCUGCUAUGAGUACCUUGGGCUGGAGGGGAUCAGGUGGGAAUGGAGGUGCUAUUUUACCCGUCUUCAUCUUCUUCGGAGGCAUGGUUCAAAUAUUCGGCGCAGUGGGCGAGUGGAUUCUCGGCAACACUUUCUCCUGCGCUCUAUUCUUCACAUACGGAACAUUCUGGAUCGUCUUUGGCACCUCUGAAAUGCCCUUUUACGCCGUCGGCACGAAUUACUCACCAACAGGUAGCUCCCUAGAAGGCAUGCAAACCUCAGAGUUCAAUGCCACAGUUGGUCUCUACUACAUAGUCCUUGCCGUUCUCACCUUCGUCUACCUAAUCUGCUCCAUCCGCACAAACGCCUGUCUCUUCCUCGCCCUGUUCCUGCUCGUCAUCGCAUUCAGUCUCUUCGGCGCAGGUUACUUCCAACUUGCUGCGGGUAAUCCGCUCCAGGCGGAGAAAUUACAGAAGGUUGCCGGAGGGUUCACCUUUGCCUUGUGCAUUCCCAUCUGGCAUAUAUUCAUUGCUCAGAUCCUCGAUGCGGUUGAUUUCCCUUUCUCUUUGCCCGUUGGUGAUCUGAGUACGAUUGUGGUUGGGAAGAGUCAGAAGGCGCAGAAAGAAACGUGUGGAUGA